GUUUUCGUGCCAUUGAUGGCGGUUGUAGCCUUGAGGUCCCGUGACGAAUUUCAUUGGAACUUUCUACGGCCAGGAAAGACUUGAUGUUUCCUGCUUCUCCCCAGUUGUGUGGUCGCUUAGAAAACACACGUACGGUUGUCUCCUGGACUUGAAAUCCCUUUGCCUCCUCGACCCAAAAACGGGGAAGGGAAGAAUGUUUGCUGUGUUGAAAGUUUAAAUGCUGUAAACCCACCGCCACCACUAGUGGAGCCGCUGAAGUAGACGAGCACCGCAUCAAAAUACUGUAAGCAGUAUCCCAGGAUGGAGAGUGGCCAGCGGUAUACUUGAAGUAUUUGCCUGGAAGAAGUGUGUUUUUUGUUUUGUUUUGUUUUGUUUUUUCAUGACCGUGCGCCUUUGAACGUCAACCGACCCCAAGAUGGAGGAGCCGUCCAGUCUCCCCAACGUCAGCAUACCCUGCCACGACGAGCAGAGGGACAAGAAAAAACGCUUUACAGUUUACAAGGUGAUGGUCACUGUGGGACAACAGGAGUGGUUCGUCUUCAGGCGAUACGCGGAGUUUGAUAAACUCUACACCGCAUUGCGGAAACAGUUUCCAUCUAUGAACUUGAAAAUUCCCGCAAAGAGAAUAUUCGGGGACAACUUUGAACCAGAGUUCAUCAAGCAAAGAAGAGCAGGGUUGCAUGAGUUCAUCAAGCGAAUUGUCUCGCAUCCUUCGCUUUGCAACCAUCCAGAGGUUAGGACUUUUCUACUGAUGGACAAAAGGCUACACCUUUCAGAUGCAUCUGAAGACGAGGAUGACAAAAACAGCUCUACCUCCGGAAACAUUAACCUGGGACCGUCUGGAAAUCCACACGCCAAGCCCACAGACUUUGACUUUUUAAAAGUCAUAGGAAAAGGGAGUUUUGGGAAGGUUUUCCUCGCGAAACGAAAAAAUGAUGGAAAGUAUUACGCAGUCAAGGUCUUACAAAAAAAAGUCAUCCUCAACAGGAAAGAGCAAAAACACAUCAUGGCAGAACGCAACGUGCUGCUGAAGAACGUCAAACACCCUUUCCUCGUCGGGCUUCAUUAUUCCUUCCAGACCAAAGACAAGUUAUACUUCGUCUUGGACUUUGUCAACGGAGGAGAACUUUUCUUUCACCUCCAACGAGAACGAACCUUCCCGGAGCCCAGAGCGAAGUUCUACAUUGCUGAAAUGGCGAGUGCACUGGGAUAUCUGCAUUCUCUCAACAUUGUUUACAGAGACUUGAAGCCUGAAAAUAUCCUUCUUGACCAUGAGGGCCAUAUCGUUCUGACGGACUUCGGGUUGUGCAAGGAAGGCAUUUCCCAGACAGACACCACCACUACAUUUUGCGGAACACCUGAGUAUUUAGCUCCAGAAGUCCUGAGGAAACAGCCGUAUGAUAACACUGUAGACUGGUGGUGUCUGGGUUCAGUGCUCUACGAAAUGCUCUUUGGCCUGCCGCCGUUCUACAGCAGGGACACGCACGAGAUGUACGACAACAUCCUGCACAAGUCACUGGCGAAGCGUCCCGGCGCUUCCAGUACAGCUUGGUCUCUCCUCGAGGGGCUGCUGGAGAAAGACGGCACGAACAGACUGGGCUCCAGGGACGACUUUAAUGAAAUCAAAACGCACAGCUUCUUCUCUUCCAUCAACUGGGAUGACCUUGAACAGAAGAAGAUUCCUCCCCCAUUCACGCCCCAUGUGAGCUCUUUCAGCGAUAUCUCAAACUUUGAUCCCGAGUUCACAGAAGAGAUGGUUCCCAGCUCCGUCUGUUUGACUCAAGAACAUUCCAGAGUCCACGCUAGUGUUAUGGAGGCCGACGACGCCUUCGUGGGCUUCUCCUACGCUCCACCUUCUGACGAUGCUUUCCUAUGAAACAUUCCCAGUGUGGUCUUCACAUGCCUUAACUUACUUUUUUUUUUUUUUUACUAAAGGGAAGAAUUUAUACCAUGGAUUAACUUGGUCUACGAAGCCAAAGCAAGCAGCUGGGAAGAACAUGGACUUAAAACAGAUUUUAUUUGGAACAAGGUGUAACCAGAAAGUCUUCCUAUUUUACCUAUUUGUAUUUAUGAUAAAAAUAUAUAUAUAUAUAUAAAAUAAUAAAUAUAUAUAUAUAUACAUACCAGAUGAUAUUUUUUAGUUAAGGACAGUUGUUUCAGGUGAUUGAAGGGGUUUCUAAAAUGAGCCUUUACUAAGCAUCACAUUUCUUCCUUAAAUAAAAUCAAUAAGCCAGUUUUCUGAAAAACUUGAACAAUUCACUGGACGAAAAAUGACACCAUUUGACUGUCAAGUGGAUUUGUUGUGUUUGUUCAUGUAAUUACUGUAAUAAUGAACUCAUUUAUGAUUAGCUGGAAGUAGGGAUUACUUGAGAGACCACUGAAUAAAGCAUCUUUGGUUUAUAGGUCAUAUUUGUACAAAACAAACAAACAAACAAACAAAAAACGUGAGAAGUCUUUUACGUAUUUACUUUACGUUUGUCUCUGUGAUUUGGUUGUGUUUUUUUUUUUAUUGAAUUGUUUCUAUUUUUGUUUUUGCUAUGCUUUGCUUUUGCUAUACAUUUAUCCGCAUUCAGCAAUGAGAAAUCCUUGAUGAUUUUCUUAAGCACUCCUGCGCAAUAAUAAUAAUAAUAGUAGUAAUAUUAUUAAUUAAAAAAAAUCAUAGGAAAUAUGUUAAAUAAAAGUGUCUGUGUUUUAUUUAUUUA